UAACGUCAUCAGCAGGGGACGUCCCCAUCCAUCCGCCCGCAGGUGCUUGCGCUCAGAUGCGCUCCGCUUUCCAGCUAUCUGCCUUUUUUAAUCUGUUUUCUGCUCUUUCGUUUCGGCAGAGAAGUCGCCGUGACCGCGGCUGCACGCAGCGUGUGCUCUCCCCGCAGCUGGACUGAAGCCCGAAGCGAUCCCGAUGGCCUCGCCGCUCAAAGUCUGCAUAGUCGGCUCCGGCAACUGGGGCUCGGCCAUAGCCAGGAUUAUCGGCAGUAACGCCAAGUCCCUGCAGCACUUUGCCACCACGGUGAAGAUGUGGGUGUAUGAAGAAAACAUCAACGGCAGGAAGCUGACUGACAUCAUCAACACGGACCAUGAGAACGUCAAGUACCUGCCUGGAUACAAACUGCCAGAGAACGUGGUGGCCGUCCCGAAGCUUUGCGAUGCUGCAGAGGGAGCUGACCUGCUGGUGUUCGUGGUCCCUCACCAGUUCAUCAGGAAGCUGUGUGAUGAGAUGGUGGGCUGCGUCUCCUCCAAGGCUCGGGGAAUCACUCUCAUAAAGGGAAUAGAUGAGGGUCCUGAGGGGCUCAAACUGAUCUCUGACAUCAUCAGAGAGAAAAUGGGGAUUGACGUCAGCGUCCUCAUGGGGGCCAACAUAGCCAAUGAGGUGGCGGCUGAGAAGUUCUGCGAAACCACGAUAGGCAGUAAGAUUCUGGAGAACGGCCUGCUGUUUAAAGAGCUGCUGCAGACGCCCAACUUCCGCAUCACAGUGGUCGAUGAUGCUGAUACAGUGGAGCUGUGUGGAGCCCUGAAGAACAUCGUAGCGGUGGGUGCAGGUUUCUGUGACGGGCUGCAGUGCGGGGACAACACCAAGGCGGCUGUGAUCCGUCUGGGGCUGAUGGAGAUGAUCGCCUUUGCCAAGCUCUUCUCUAAGGACGGCUCCGUCUCCACGGCAACCUUCCUGGAGAGCUGCGGCGUGGCCGACCUCAUCACCACCUGCUACGGCGGCCGCAACAGACGGGUGGCCGAGGCGUUCGCCAAGACUGGGAAGAGCAUAGAAGAGCUGGAGAAGGAGAUGUUGAAUGGUCAGAAGCUGCAGGGUCCUGCCACCUCCGUUGAGGUUUACCACAUCCUCAAACAGAAGGGCCUGGUGGACAAGUUCCCUCUGUUCACAGCGGUCUACCAGAUCUGUUUCGAGGGGAAACCCGUCCAAGAGAUGAUUUCCUGCCUGCAGAGCCACCCAGAGCACCUGUGAUCAGGACAGGGAGCCCCGGGGUGUCCCAGCAGGCCGUCUGUCGGCAUCCUUACAGGGCUGUUUCACAAAAACAUCUCGGCACUCAGAUCACAUUAGCUUGAGCUCCCCCUUGCUGUCAAAACCUCUCGACUGACAGCCAUGUGUUAGAAUGCUACAGUGGGUUGUGAAGGGAUAUCCCGGGCUUUUAGCAGACACCCGGCUGGGUUGCAUUUCAGUUUAAGUGAAACAAAUGUUGCAGGGUUUUCAGCAGCGCUUUACUAACACACAAUGAAAGAAAGCAGAAAUCUUAGACUUAAGAUUCUUGAAGAAAAUUGUUUUGCCAUAUCAGAUUGAGCUUUUAUCUGACCUCCAGUUUGAUGGUCAGUUCGAUGAGGAAAAAUCCAAUCCCUUUGCAGAGAGAGGUGGCGCAGAUGUGACUUGAUUUUCAAUCCUGUUUGCCCAUGGCUCGCACUUAUCAGCCCGAGCGAGCGCUCACUUCUUAGUAGUUCUCUGUUUAAAUGGAGAUGGCAGGGAGAUAAGCCAAAUAACCCUUUAAGCGAAUUCUUUCAGCGCCAUCCCUGUUGAUAAGAAACGCUCAAACCGAGCUUUCCCAAAAGCACCCCAAGUAUUAAGACCACCUUUGUUUCCCUUAUACACAAAUGAACAGACAGUCUUUUACUUCACUGGUAUACAGUAUUAAUAUUCCUUUGCAGAAAAACUGAAUAUCUUCAACGACUGGGAACCAUUGCUCCUCAAGUGCAAGGGGAGCAGAUAAUUUGAUGCAUCUAAACUGGAAAACUUGUGGUGAUUAUGGGCAAAAGCUCAGUGUUUUAUGUGUUUCUAUAUCUGAUUAUUCAGCAUUGUUAACCUUGUUGACAAGUAUACCCGCUGCUCUCUCUUUCCCUCAGCAUGUUUCAUCUAGUAAGCGAGCUGCCACAGUUACAACAUGGUGCUCCUCCACAUACACACACACACACACACACACACACACACACACACACACACACACACACACACACAUCAUUUUUAGGCGCACAGCGUGUCAUGAUAGCCCUGAGUUGCUGUUGAUGUGAUAGAGCUAUUAAUCACAAAUAUUUAAUACAGAAUACUUUAUAAGUCCUCUUCCUUUAUUCCCAGCACCAGAGCGCCACCAUGAGACACGUAGUAAAGAUAGCACAUAAAUAAUCAUGUUUUAUUGUUGCCGAGUGAGUUGGUACAUCACAAACAUCUCAGUUCCUUUAAAUCACCGUUUUCCCCACGGCGACCCGCUGAUCUGAUUUCUCUGCAAAAGACUAUUUUAUGUCCUAACCUGCGCUUUACACUGAAUUAUAGCAUGAAACACCUUGCAUUUCACUGAACAUGUGCACUUACAUGUAUGUAUACUCGAGAGGAUUUUUCCUUUUUUCUACUUGUUCCUAAGAAAAGCACUUCGUUACUUUUUACAUAUUUUUACAUAUUACAUUAUUCCCCCAAAACUGUGGGAAAUAAGCCACUGUGUGUAAAUUAUGAUAUCUUGCAUGGGCAAAAUUCAGGUUGCGUGACCAAAUGUUUUCAGUGGAACCUGUUAUCGCUGUACAUUGGAAGUGUGUUAUUAGUUAUUAAUCAAUUACUUACAUAUGAGUGGGCAGGAGGCAAAUACUCUCAGUGCUACUAAUGUUUACUUAAAGGCAGACUAUGCAGUUUCAAAAGGGAGGGCACGCCAUUUUUUUAUGAUGUGGUUAAGACUGAUGCCACUCAGUUCUCAAAAGAAUAUCAUUCACAAAGUUCAGGACAUCUCUUUUACCUCAUCAUAACCCAAAGUAUAAAAGAGUUUUGCUUAAUUGCUUAUGAUUUUUUGUAUAUUUGACAUCAAAACAUCACAUUCAAGAUAGAUAUUUAAAAGUGCUACAUUAAUUCUGUGGGUUAUUCGUCUUGGCAUGAACCUGAGGGGGUCUAUCCUCCCUCAGCCUCUUCCCUCACAUUUGUACACAAAGUGAUGUGCCGUCCCAUUUCUAAUGGCAUCGUCUGCCUGUGACACCUCUGACACCACGAACCACUGAGGCUCAGACAGGAGCCCGGCUGUGGAAACCAGCAUCACACUGAUGCACUUUGUAAUUUCCUACUUCAGCACAAUGGCACCAUACAGUGUUUUGAUUGAGACGAGGACAUUCGCUCUUUGUUUCGGCAUAUUUAUAAUUUCAUUUUUAUUUUAUUUCUUUCCACAUAUUUAACACUACCACUCAGGUAAUCACAUAAAAUGUUCUUUGUGCGUGUUUUUAUCCUCUGUAAUGCAGCACUAAUAGUGGCGACAAAUGCAGUGUAAGAGGAAAUAAUUUCACAGUAUCCCACUAGAAUCAUGUAUGCAGACAGCUAGUAUUGCUUUAUCAUGUGUCUGCUUUAAUAUUUUGAUCAGUUUAGGGUGGUGGUUGUUGUUUUUUCAGCGUAUUGCCUCAUGUCAACCUGUGUGGACAAUGAAUUUACAGAGCUAUGUGAAAUAAUGCCUUUGAUACGUCUGACUUGCUGUCACAAAAGCUUGAUUUUGUGAGCUUUUCUGUUUAGACUGCUCAACAAGUAAAACGGACAAAUUUUCUCCAUAAGCACACGUAGGGUUUGCAAAAAAUCGAAUAUCUCAGUAAUCUUGUGCUGCUUGCUUUUCUCAGACAAUCAAUCUUGAGAAAUUACCUGGUAAUUAGUUGACUGAAGAAAUCUUGUGUUGACUCUUCAACCAAAGUUAAAUCCUCCUGUGUUUUCAAACCAGCACACCAACACCAGUCACAAUGUGUAGAAAGGCUGAGUUAUGAUUCAAAUCGGCAGCUUUCAGUUUUAAAGGUUUUGUGUUCAUGUGUGUCACACCACAUCUUCAGUAUUUGGUCUUUAGGCCAAUUAGAUCAUGUUUUUAGAUGCACCGUUCUUUACAGCCAAAGGUCAUCAAUAUGAGCUAGUUAAUUAUCACUUGAUUCCAGUUUUGCCUUUUCAGCUUCUGAAUGUACAGUCACAUCGAUCAGCUGGUUCAUGGUUUUGUGUGCUUGGAGAAGGGUCAUAUGUUCACGCUCAGUAAUGUUUUUUUGUUUUUUUUUAAUACAGUGGGUGUGAGCUCUGUGCAUGUAUGAACUACUUAAUCCAGAAUAAAUCACAAUCUUCAGUGUA